CUCUACAAGCAGAGCACAGACUGAGUCAGUAGAUUGCAGCUGUGAGCUGUGGCAGCUGUGCCUUAGCUGCAGACAUGGACGGGGACAACCACACUACAGUCACAGAAUUCCUCCUCCUGGGACUCUCUGGACAGCAGGAGGAGGAAGAUGCCCUCUGCGGGCUGUUCCUGUGCCUGUACCUGGUCACCAUCCUCGGGAACAUUCUCAUCGUCCUGGCCAUCAGCUGGGACCCUCACCUCCACACGCCCAUGUACUUCUUCUUGGCCAACCUCUCCAGUGUGGACAUCUGCUUCUCAUCAGUCACAGUCCCCAAGAUGCUGGUGAAUCACGUGGUGGGGAGCAAGUCCAUCUCUUACCCACAGUGCAUGACCCAGAUCUACUUCUUCAUCACAUUUGGCAACAUGGACGGGUUCCUCCUGAGUGUGAUGGCCUAUGACCGCUAUGUGGCCAUCUGUCACCCACUGCACUAUACCGUGAUCAUGAAGCCCAGACUCUGUGUUUUCCUGGUGGCCGUCUCCUGGGUCAUUACCAACCUGCAUUCUCUCCUCCACACUCUGCUCAUGGUCAGACACAACUUCUGCUCCAACAACACUGUGCGCCACUUCUUCUGUGACCCCUACCCUCUCCUGAAGCUCUCUUGUUCUGACACCUUCAUCAAUGACCUCAUGGUUUUCACUGAGGGUAGCGUGAUAUUUCUGACACCAUUUAUGUGCAUUGUUGUUUCAUAUGCCUACAUCUUUUCUAAAGUGCUAAGGUUGCCCUCAGCCCAGGGGAUAAGGAAAGCCCUGUCCACCUGUGGCUCCCACCUCACUGUGGUCUGCCUCUUUUAUGGGGCAAUCCUGGGGGUCUAUAUGCACCCCUCAUCCUCCUUCUCCACAAAGGACAGAGUGCCCUCUGUCAUCUUCACAGUGGUGACACCACUGGCCAAUCCCUUCAUCUACAGCCUGAGGAAUCGGGACAUAAAAGCAGCCUUGAAGAAGCUAAUUCACAGAUCCACAUUCUCAUUGUGA